AUGCUACAAUGCGAUGAGUAUAUCAACUAUGCGUACAGUGGUGCAAAGAGUGGUCAGGACAACUUCUACUUCGAAGGAUGGUCAGGAGUGGGUUGGCAGGUGCAGAAAUAUCUGGAAAAUCAUCUACAUCUAAGUGGAGAGCCAUUGAUCGUCUUCCAAGCAGGAGGGGUGAGCGACUACUUCACGGGCGAGAAAGAUACCGCCUCUGUGGUGGCCAAUAUUGAAAGCAGCAUCGAGAACAUCACUAAGGCGAUGCACUCUGGUACACUGCUCGUUUUAACCUUACUCGAUCUUGGAAAUUCGCCAGGUGUUCGUGGAGCUGAUGAGGGUAGCGAUCUGGAGCAAAGAAUCGGAGAGUUGGUAGCCGACACGAACAGGCAUCUUGGACGAAUUGUCUAUGAUUCGGAGCGAGGAGCACGACGAUUGAAUCCAAAGCUGCGAAUUCGUCUACUCGAUAUCAAUCCAUCUGUCAUGGAAGCAAUGAACUCUCUGAACAUCACGGAACCCUUCACCUAUCAAACGCUGAACGUCGAACCUCGAUCUGUCUACGGUUAUGCCUUCCACGACCUAUGGAAUCCAUCAACAAUUGUUCAUCAUGCGCUAGCGGAGGAGAUCGUCAAACAAUUACAAGACUUAUAA